UUACAGCACCAGAAGAAUUCCAACCCAUAUAUCAGAUAUGGAGCCCCAACGAAUUAUUCAAGUAAAAUCAAGAGAGGAGUUAAGAGAUGAGAUCCACCUGGCCGCCCUCGACAGCGUUGUGAAUCUCAACUCCCUGUGUGCUGCCUUUACAUUUAUCGGACUCUCCCUCACCACUAUGGAGUUGCAGAGCAUUGAUGGUCGUUUUGGCUGCAAUCCCAAUAUAAGCACGAUCAGAAACUUGAUGUUAUUUGAGGUCAUUUCUUUCGCUUUUUUUCUCGCAUCAUCGUUGGUGGCUUAUGGCUUGAAGAUAAUGAUCAGUCUCAUCAAUGCUGCGGAGUUAAAUGAAGAGUUUAGGAACCACUUCAACAGAAAGUCUAUUCGGAAGGUGAUGCUUUGUGCCAUCUUCACCUCGAUCUUGGGAUGUUUUUUUUUUAAUUCUCUCAAUAGUGUACAUCCUCCAGAUUAAGUUAGGGGUUUUGAGUGAUUAAGUUAGGGGUUUUGAGUUGUGAGAGUCCAUCUACAGUCCAAGGAGUGGUUGCUCUUAUUAUUAUUGUUACUUGUGGUGUUAUUUUUCAUGCUGCUGUUACUAUCUCAGCGUUUUUAUAUGUAUGACUUUUGAUUUAUAUUAAUAUGUAUGAAACAUUAUUAAUGUGUUUAAUUAGAACAUGAGAAUUUAUUUUGUUUU